AUGAGACUCAUCAACGUGAGGACUCUCGAGUUUGAGGAGUUCGUUGGGAGAGACAAGCCGCCGUACGCGAUCUUGUCCCACACCUGGGAGGACAGGGAAGUCUCAUUCUCACAGUACAGAGACUGGCGACGGAAUCACUGCAGGCUUGUGGAAGAAAUUCAACAUGAAGACCUCGGACGAGAAGCGCAGCAUGAGUGGCAGAUCGUAGUUCUCUCGGACCUUGCCAUCGACUGGGACGAACUGAUAAGGGACAACGCCGAACAUGGACCAGGCCUCACAAAGAUACUUAAUUGCGCCAAGGAGGCUACCAAGGAUGGCUGCGGCUACAUCUGGGUUGACACUUGCUGCAUCGACAAGUCAAGCAGUGCAGAGCUGCAGGAGGCCAUCAAUUCAAUGUUCCGCUGGUACGAAGAAGCCUACACGUGCUAUGCCUACUUAUCGGAUGUUACCUCAUCCGACAUCCAAGCUGAUGGGUCGUCAUUCACCAAGUCUCGUUGGUUCAAGAGGGGUUGGACUUUACAGGAGCUAUUGGCUCCCUCUGAGGUCUAUUUUUAUAACAAGAACUGGACGUCGAUCGAAUCGAGAAGUAAACUCUCGCUCAAGAUCGAAGACAUCACUGGCAUCAAAUCUGUGUAUCUCAGAUUAGGCAACACUGGGCUGACAAGAUCCAAGGUGAUCAAGCGGGCAAGUGUGGCACAAAGGAUGUCUUGGGCGGCUGGACGAGAGACAACUCGAGAAGAGGACAUUGCCUAUUGUCUUCUGGGCUUGUUUGGUAUACACAUGCCCAUGCUCUAUGGCGAAGGAGACCGGGCGUUUCGGCGCCUCCAGGAGGAGAUUAUGCGAAACUCACGAGAUUCUUCUUUGUUUGCCUGGGGCUACUCAGGACAAUUGAUUCCUACAGAUGUCAAUUGUGACGGGAUACUGGCCCGAUCUCCGAAGCAAUUCAAAGGCUGUGCAACGGUGCGUACCGAUCUCUACGCCAAGGACGCAAGGAACGAAUCGUCUAUGUCCCAGGGCCUGCUACGUCUGAGAGCACCUAUAGUGGAGGACCCUAUCCACAAAAAUCUAGUAUAUGCAGUGCUUUCCUGUCGUGUCACUGUUACACGCGAGACUGCCCCAAAGGGAAACGCGGGUGAUAGCUCGAGCGAUGAGUCUGUUGAUCGUUAUACUACAAAAUCGAUCGACUAUGAACAUUUGGUUCUCCCCCUCAUAUCAACACGAGACUACCCUAGUGACGAAGAGGAAGAUGGGGAUGAGCUGGAACAUAACAUGUACCUCCGUGCUGAAUGGUUGUUCCCAAUAGUCUAUCCCGGUAUUUUGGACGCCAAAUAUACCACGAGGAGCAUCCUGAUUACAGGGGAUCGUGACGUAUUGCCAGAGUUGCAGCACACUUUCAUAUGUAAUGACCAGGAGUACCUUUCAGAAUGGAAGCUGAGAGGAAUGUAUCCCCCACAACUUGAUACACAGACCAUUCACCAGUUCGAUGACAUCGAAAUGGGAAGCAGCGACACUGAAGACCAGAUAUGUCGAGAUCAUCUGCGUCUACGUUGGUACGAACGGGGAAAGGGCGAAUAUUUACUCCUUCUGAUUGACCUGAAAACCGCCCUGAGUCGCCAGUUCGUUAUCGACGAAAGGAUACCACAGGAGGACUCGUGGUGCACCAUCUUCAGGCUGGAGAAGCCUAUGAACCUCCGACGCGCCCAGAGGCUAGUCUUGAAGUAUGGCUUCCUAAACCUAAAACCGGGCAUACUCAAGGACGAAGCAGGUCUGAUCAUCAGGCAUGAACGGCUUUUAGAGGUAACAGGGACAAGUGACGACAAAAUGUAUGAAAACUUGAAAUUCGCCAAGGAGUAUUUAGCGACGUCUCGGGAUGUUGGUUGGUAG